AUGACGUCACCUCUGCCACCACUCGAACCCACAAUCACCCAACUGCGUUCCUUAAGCAGUGACACUUUACUUUACGAGUUAAAUAGAUUAGAAAAUUCGAACAAACAUCUGGUUCGUUCUAACCAAGAUAUGAGAGAGCACGAUGCUCACGAUCAAGAGUUACAAAUGUAUGUUACCGAGAAUGAGAAGAUCAUAGAAAGGCAGAGCGAAAAGAUUUCUCUUAUCAAAAAUAUAUUAAAAGAACGACCAAACGGAGAACACGCGUUUGAAAUAUUUACGAAUGCAAAUGUCAGUAAUGAAGAGCAGUCUGACGAACAGACGGAAAGUCACGCAGUGUCAGCAAAUGGCAACGCACGACUUGAAGACGAAGCGGACGAAAAUGAUGAUGACGGAGUGUAUUUAUAA